AUGCUUUACGCCCAAGACGACGACAAGCUUGUUUUUCGUUUCGACGACCACCUCCUGUGGGUUCAACCUUGGGGUGAGAAUGCACUCCGAGUACGAGCCACAAAACUGGCUUCAAUGCCCACGGAGCAUUGGGCGCUCAAUUCUCAGCCAGAAAGUGACGCCGUCGUCAUUGAGGCUUUGGAUAACAAGGAUGCGUCCAUCUCAAACGGCAAAAUUCUAGCUACGGUUUCCCAGCGAGGUAAACUCACCAUCUACAACUCGAAGGGUACCGCCCUUCUGGAGGAAGAGCUACGACCUAUCCUGGGGGGAGAUUUUCAUCUAACAACGCGAUUCGAAUCAUUAGAUCCUAAGGAGAAGAUCUUCGGCAUGGGCCAAUACCAGCAACCUUACUUGAAUCUGAAAGGUUCGGAUCUAGAACUUGCUCAUCGAAACUCCCAAGCUAGUGUGCCGUUCGCUGUUUCGUCUCGUGGCUACGGGUUUCUAUGGAACAACCCCGGGAUUGGACGAGCUGUAUUCGGAACGAAUGUGAUGAGCUUUGAGGCAUUCUCAACACGGUCUCUCGAUUACUGGGUUGUGUCUGGGGAUACUCCAGCAGAGAUUGAAGAGGCUUAUGCGAAAGUGACAGGUUACGUUCCUAUGAUGCCCGAGUACGGGCUGGGAUUCUGGCAGUGCAAACUCCGCUACUGGAAUCAGGGGCAGUUGUUGAAUGUGGCCCGGGAAUAUCACAUUCGUGGAGUUCCUCUGGAUUUGAUUGUAGUUGACUUCUUUCACUGGAAGCAUCAAGGUGAAUGGAGCUUUGAUCCUGAGUUUUGGCCUGACCCCGAUGCUAUGAUCAAGGAACUCAAGGAGCUUAAAGUGGAACUGAUGGUCUCUGUUUGGCCGACUGUCGAGAACGCAUCCGAGAAUUACCCUGAAAUGUUGGAACGCGGGCUCUUGAUUCGACAUGAUCGAGGACUACGUGUGGCAAUGCAGUGCGACGGUGACAUUACGCAUUUUGAUGCCACGAAUUCCGAAGCUCGUGAAUUUGUCUGGAGCAAAGUCAAAAAGCACUAUUAUGACCUCGGUAUCAAAACGUUCUGGCUCGAUGAAGCAGAGCCAGAGUAUUCCAUCUACGACUUUGAUAUUUACCGAUAUCAUGCCGGUAGUAAUCUUCAAAUUGGCAACAUUUAUCCAAAGGAAUACGCUCGUGGAUUCUAUGAGGGAAUGACCAAAGAAGGCCAGACAAAUAUAGUCAAUUUGCUGCGCUGUGCCUGGGCAGGUAGCCAAAAGUAUGGUGCUCUUGUCUGGAGCGGCGACAUUGCGUCUUCCUGGAGCUCAUUCCGUAACCAGCUUUCUGCUGGUUUGAACAUGGGCCUUGCAGGGAUUCCCUGGUGGACAACUGAUAUAGGAGGCUUUCAUGGAGGCAAUCCGGAUGAUUCUGCAUUUCGGGAGCUAUUCACACGCUGGUUUCAGUGGGGGGCAUUUUGUCCAGUGAUGCGACUGCAUGGAGACCGUGAGCCAAAACCCGAAGGACAGCCGACUGCUAGUGGAGCAGAUAACGAGAUCUGGUCGUAUGGCGAGGAGGUUUAUGAGAUUUGCAAGAAAUUUAUCGGCGUCCGUGAGGAGCUUCGCGACUACACUCGGGGCUUGAUGAAGGAAGCUCAUGAGAAGGGAACACCUGUCAUGCGAACACUUUUCUAUGUGUUUCCCGAGGAUAAACGGGCAUGGGAUGUUGAGACAGAGUAUAUGUUUGGGUCUCGAUACCUGGUUGCACCAGUCUUGGAGCCUGGACAGCGCAAAAGAUCUGUCUAUCUCCCUGCUGGAGCAUUUUGGACGCUGUGGGGAAAGACUAACGCCCAGAAAGAUAAUAUCCCAAAGAUCUUCGAUGGUGGGCAAAGUGUUGAGGUGGACUGUCCAAUUCAUACAAUGCCUGUCUUCUUCCGUCUCAAUCCUUGA